CCACCUAUAUAAACGACCUCUCUCUCCUCUCCGCAUCGGCCCAUUGAACAAUGGCAAUGCAGUGCCUUAGAAAUCAGCCAAAUAUGCCUCUCCCUUUGAAUUUCGACCAAGAUAAAGACAACGAGACCGGCAUGAUCUUCGAUCCACGGCUCCUAAAUCUCCAACCAAACGUACCGACACAGUUCCUUUGGCCCGACCACGAAAAACCCUCCAUGAGUUCCCCAACGCUCCGAAUCCCUCUAAUCGAUCUGGCGGGUUUCCUCUCCGGCGAUCCUCUCUCGGCCUCGGAGGCUUCCAGGCUCGUGGCCGAUGCCGGGAUGAGACACGGCUUCUUCCUCGUCACCAACCACGGUGUGGACGAGAGGCUCAUUUCGCGUGCCCACACGUGUAUGGACACGUUCUUCACGUCGCCUUCGUGCGAGAAGAAGAGGGCGCAGAGGAAGUGGGGAGAGAUGUCUGGUUACGCCAGCAGCUUUGUCGGAAGGUUCGCCUCGAAGCUCCCCUGGAAAGAAACGUUGUCGUUUUGUUACUCGUCCGACAAGAAAACCCAUUCCGAGACAGUUAAAGAUUACAUCUACGGUACCAUGGGAGAUGGAUACGAAGAAUUCGGGAAGGUUUAUCAAGAGUACUGUGAGGCCAUGAGUGAUCUCUCUCUCAAGAUCAUGGAGCUACUCGGAAUGAGCCUCGGGAUAGAAAGAAGCCGUUUCAGGGAAUUUUUCGAAGAGAAUGAUUCGAUAUUGAGGCUUAAUUACUAUCCACCAUGCAAGCAGCCGGACCUUGUGUUAGGGACGGGACCUCACUGUGACCCGACAUCUCUAACCAUACUUCACCAGGACCAAGUCGGCGGCCUUCAGGUCUUCGUAGACGGCCAAUGGCAAUGCGUCCCUCCGAACCCUAGAGCGUUCGUGGUCAACAUCGGUGAUACCCUAAUGGCGCUAACGAACGGGAAGUACAAGAGCUGCUUGCAUAGGGCGGUGGUGAACAGCGAGAGGGAGAGGAAAUCGGUGGCAUUCUUCUUGUGUCCGAAGGGUGAUAAAGUGGUGGAGCCACCGAAGGAAAUAUUGGUCGGGGACAAGACAGAGAGAGCAUACCCUGAUUUCACAUGGUCUAUGUUCCUCCACUUCACUCAGAAGCAUUACAGAUCCGACAUGAACACUCUCCAGGAAUUCACGAAAUGGCUUCAGAAUAGGGGAUGAAGUGAAAGUGGUUACGAGCAAGAAAAAUCAAUAUCAAUACUAUAAUAUGUUAAUUAAUUAUAAUCAUAUAUAUAUAUAUAUAUAUAUGAGGGAAUUAAUAAAAGGGUUAAUGAGUAGACAUUGUGUGGAUGCCCGGGAAAGUGACUUCCAGUUAUGGAAGGGUUUAAAGAGAAAACAAGAAAAGGGGGCUUUAGUUGGGUUUUGUAUCGAAAGAGGGAAGGAACAAAGGGAUAGAAAUAGGAAAAGACGAUGUUUUUUGUUUCUGUUUAUGAUGUUUGGUCUGCUGUAGGAUCAAGUGGAUGUUCACAUGAAUCGCGUUGUGUUGCUCUCUUUAUUCGUACGAAAUUAUUUUAAAUUGUUAUAAGAAAAACAUGUAUGGCCAUUAUUAAUGAAUGUA